AUGCCUGGCACUAACGUGGAUAGUAGUACUACUGAAGAGCAUUUCGGUGGUCUUUCAAGCUGCAUGGUUGGAGGAACCUCCGAGGAUUGCUCGGAACGCCGCGCCUCCGCUGGACCAUUCCCCGACAUAACCGCCGAGAAAAGCGCGGCGGACGGCCGGAAGGGUCCGCAUGCGUUCGCUGAUCUCAUCGACGGCGUACACGGGCUCCACGUUUUGCGGAUUAACAGCCGAUUAGCUGCUCGUCCUUCCGUCGCCACCACCGCCGCUUCCGUUUCCCCGCCGGACCACUCCCGUCCGCCCCCCGAACCUCCCGCGACCUCGUCCCUUCCGGUGGCCAGGCCUGCCACGUCAGCGGCGGCUUCUGCGGCUUCGUGGAACUCGCAGGAGAACUCGUCUGCUGGGCACGCGUUUGGGCAGCAUUAUUUGUCGCUAGUGGAGAGUGACAAGGCUCGACACAGAAUAUACUACGUGCAGCUCGGCAUUGGCACGCUGCCUCAGACGUUCAACCUGGACAUAGGCACGGGCAGCAACCUGCUCUGGCUCAGCUGCUUGAUUACUUACGCCCUCCCUCCCCCUUCUCCCUGCACAUCCUCUCUUCCGCCCCUCAACCCUUCUCCCCAUCCGCCCCCCAACCCGGCUCCCCAUCCGCCCCCCAACCCGGCUCCCCAUCCGCCCCCCAACCCGGCUCCCCAUCCGCCCCCCAACCCGGCUCCCCAUCCGCCCCCCAACCCGGCUCCCCAUCCGCCCCCCAACCCGGCUCCCCAUCCGCCCCCCAACCCGGCUUCCCAUCCGCCCCGCACGCAGCAUAUACUACCCACCCCCCGCGCUCCUUUCCCCAGCCCCCCCCCCCCCGCGCUCCUUUCCCCAGCCCCCCCCCCCCUCGCUCCUUUCCCCGGUCCCUCCGCUCCUGUUCCCCAUCCCUCCUUCCCGUUCUCCGUCUUUUCCCCCUUCCCUCUUUCCCCCCGCUACCUCCCUCCCUCCCCCUCCCUCACCUCCUGUUCCCCCUCCCUCCCUCACUCCCGUCCCUUCUCCCCGUCGUGCAUCAACCCCGACCGAACCGUCAAGAUCCGCAACUGCAACGUCACCGCCAAGCCUCUGGCUAAAGGCUCGGCAGCAGGCUCGGCAGGAGGUUCGGGGGAGGAUUUGGGGUGUAUGUAUUCGGUGGCGUAUGGGGAUGGGAGUGGGACGUCAGGACGCCUGCUUGGUGACGUCAUCCAUCUGCCCAUCUCAGGGUCUGCUCGGGCCUUCAAAGUUCCCAUCACUUUUGGCUGUGGGAACUCGCAGCAGGGCAACUUUUACAACGGCCUGGGCUGGACCUACUACCAGGCGCUAGACGGGCUCAUAGGGCUGGGCAGGGGGUCGCUCUCUCUGCUCACAGCCGUUGGAGCUUACAAGGAGUUCUUCCCCAUUCGGCAGGUGGUGGCGCAUUGCCUGGGGGGCGAUGGCGGAGGUGGGUGGAUGACAGUGGGGGACCUUCCCAUUCCGCCUCUCACCGCCUUCACACCCCUGCGACCAGACGAAACUUUCUACAAAGUGACACUGAGGAAGGUGUUUGUGGGGGGAAUAGAGGUGGCGGUGAAUCCAGCGCAGUAUGGCAACCUGACCCACGGCAAUGCCAUCUUUGACAGCGGCACCACCUACUCCAUCAUGCCGCCUCUCUUUGUCCCGCCUCUCUUCCACCUUAUCCAGACGGCAGUGGGGCUGCCGCGCUAUCCCUUCUCCAUUGGCAAGGAGGGCUCGCUCUGCUUUUCCUCCACCGACGAGCUGACAGCAGAGGAUGUGAGGAACCGUUUCCCCCACAUCAACCUGCAAUUCGAAGGGAGGGGCGUGUUCAUGAAUUUGCCGCCCCACACGUACACGUUCAAAGCCAUGGACGAGGGGGUGGAGAUAGUGUGCACGCAGGUGGUGCUGGGGUCUGAUACCAUGAAGGCCCCUCAUGGACUGGCCUUCAUCAUCGGAGCUCUAUGGAUGAGGGAUUUCCUUGUGAUUCACGACCAGGAGGACAACCGGGUUGGUUGGGCUGCCAUGAAAUGCACUUGA